AUGGACUUGUCCCUCCCCUUCAGCUCCCUCGACCACUCCCUCGUCGCCAUUUACGUCCCCUACUUUUUCUGCUUUCGCUCUCCCGACCCCCAACAGUGUUUGACGCGUCUCCAGGCCGGCAUUGACCUGUUGUUCCUGCGUCUGCCCUUUCUAACCGGCAAGGUCGUCCCCUGGAGGGAUCCGAGGUAUAAAAGAAAAGGCCAGCUGCGCAUCCAGCCGGGAAAUGCCUUUGCUGCGAUCCCCAUGGUGGCCGUCAAGCAGUUGCCCGACCUGACCUUGCCUCCUGCUUUCGUUCAAGACAGAAGCAAAACCAGAGACAGGAACAGAAACGAGGAGACAACCAACUUAUCCAUCGCUACGUUCGAUGAGAGGUUUCUUCUCCUCCCACGCAUGCUGCUGCCGUCCGAAGCAAGGCCUGUCCUACGCUUCCAGGCGACUGUUCUCGCGGACGGGGUCGUCUUGAGCAUGAUAUACAGCCGUAACGUCUUCGACGGCGCGGACGCAGAUGACAUCCACAAGCUGCUGGCCGAGUGUUGUCGCGCGGCGAUGACGGGGGAGCAAUUGUUUUCUCUCAACAUAAACGCCGAGCAAGAGGCAAUCCUGCGAGAUGCAAUCACCACUGCUGGCGAGGGGCCACGCCAGGAUAUCGACCAUUCCGCGGUGACAGGGCACGUUUGGUUGGCGCAGAAGGGGAGAAAGGAGGACUAA